AUGUACCGCCGCCUGGGAGAGCUGCUGGCGCCCGCCCGCGCCGCCGCGGCCUCGGCCUGCCCUGCCGCCGCCGCGGUGGAGCCCUGCGCGGCCUCGGCCUCGCUGCUGGUGCCUCCCGGGGAGUCCCGGCGUCGCUACAGCCAGGCGGUGGUCCGCGAGGAGGCCUCCGAGGACGACCCGAACUUCUUCCGCAUGGUGGAGGGCUUCUUCGACCGCGGCGCCGGCAUCGUGGAGGACCAGCUGGUGUCCGGGCUGCGCACCCGCGAGAGCGCCGAGGAGAAGCGGCACCGCGUCCGCGGCAUCCUGCGCAUCAUCAAGCCCUGCAACCACGUGCUCAGCGUCUCCUUCCCCAUCAAGCGCGACAACGGCGAGUGGGAGGUGGUGGAGGGCUACCGCGCCCAGCACAGCCAGCACCGCACGCCCUGCAAGGGAGGUAUUCGUUACAGCACGGAAGUGAGUGUUGAUGAAGUGAAAGCAUUAGCUUCUCUUAUGACAUAUAAAUGUGCAGUAGUUGAUGUGCCAUUUGGUGGUGCAAAGGCCGGUGUUAAGAUCAACCCUAGGCUAUAUACAGAUAAUGAAUUGGAAAAAAUCACAAGACGGUUUACCAUAGAACUCGCAAAGAAAGGCUUUAUCGGGCCCGGUGUGGAUGUGCCUGCGCCUGACAUGAGCACCGGUGAACGGGAGAUGUCGUGGAUUGCCGACACCUACGCUAAUACCAUAGGACACUACGACAUCAACGCCCAUGCCUGUGUGACGGGGAAACCCAUCAGCCAGGGCGGCAUCCACGGCCGCAUCUCUGCCACGGGCCGUGGCGUCUUUCACGGGAUCGAGAACUUCAUCAAUGAAGCGUCGUACAUGAGCCUCUUGGGGAUGACUCCAGGAUUUGGAGACAAGACGUUUGCUAUCCAGGGAUUUGGCAACGUUGGUUUGCAUUCUAUGAGAUACCUUCAUCGCUACGGAGCAAAAUGUGUAGCUAUUGGAGAAAAGGACGGCGCGAUCUGGAAUCCCGAUGGACUUGACCCGAAGGAGUUGGAAGAUUAUAAGCUGCAACACGGAUCCAUUCUCACCUAUCCAAAAGCCCAGACUCUCGACUGCCAUAUUCUUGAAACCGAUUGUGACAUCCUCAUCCCAGCGGCCAGCGAGAAACAGUUGACAAAAGCCAACGCUCAGAAAGUCAGAGCAAAAAUCAUUGCUGAAGGUGCGAAUGGACCCACGACCCCUGAGGCGGAUAAGAUAUUCUUGGAACGGAACAUCAUGGUUAUUCCAGACCUUUAUUUAAACGCCGGUGGUGUGACUGUAUCUUACUUUGAGUGGUUGAAGAACCUGAACCACGUCAGCUACGGCCGCUUGACCUUCAAGUACGAAAGGGACUCAAACUACCAUCUACUAAUGUCAGUUCAGGAAAGCUUGGAAAGGAAGUUUGGGAAACACGGGGGAAGUAUUCCGGUUGUGCCCACUGCAGAAUUCCAGGAUAGAAUAUCUGGCGCCUCGGAGAAAGACAUCGUGCAUUCGGGCUUGGCCUACACCAUGGAGCGAUCCGCACGGCAAAUCAUGCGUACCGCCAUGAAGUACAAUCUCGGCCUGGACCUGAGAACAGCUGCCUACGUCAACGCGAUCGAGAAGGUCUUCAAAGUCUACAACGAAGCCGGUCUGACCUUCACAUAAACGGCUCCUCGGUCUCAGCCUGACACCCCCCGUGUUCUGAGUCCCGUUGGGAAAAAAA